AUGUUCACCGGGAUCGUAGAACUUAUAGGAACUGUUGCAGAAUACAAGGAGUAUGAUACUUCCCAUAGCGGUGGUGGUGGUGUUUCAGUAAGUAUAACAGAUGCGGCACCUAUCUUAACCGAUUGUCAUAUUGGGGACUCUAUCGCGGUCAAUGGAAUCUGUUUAACUGUUACCGAAUAUUCAGCAGAUACCUUCAAAGUGGGAAUUUCUCCUGAGACGAUCAAGCGAACAAACGUUUCUUCGUGGCAGGCAGGUUCUAAAGUAAAUCUAGAAAGAGCUGUUGGUCAAGACGUGAGAUUUGGAGGCCACUACGUCCAGGGACACGUAGAUGGCGUUGCAAAAAUAGUGAGUCGUGAGCCUGAAGGAAACUCAAUCGUUUUCGGCUUCAAACUAGACAAUAAGGAGUAUGAAAAGUACAUUGUUGAAAAGGGAUUCAUAUGUAUCGAUGGAACGUCAUUAACAAUCACCAAGAUUGACCCUACCGGUGCAUUCUACAUUGCUAUGAUCAAACAUACUCAGGAAAAAGUCGUAUUGCCACUCAAAGCUGUGGGUGACGAAGUCAACAUUGAAGUCGAUCUGACCGGCAAAGUCAUUGAAAAGCAGGUUAUUCUCCAAUUACAGGACCAAAUAGACAACGAACAAUCGCCAUUGGCCAAACUGCUUGAAAAGCUUAUCGACCGGAAGCUGACUGGCCCUCGCUAA